CGCACUGGGAGCUGAUCGUUGGGAGCUUUCAAGCGGUCAAACUGUCUCUCACAUACAAAAUGCAUUUUUCAGUGUUUUAAUCAGAUCGUAUAAAUAUCGUGCAGUUAUUUUGCGUUUCUAGUCUUGUGUGACAUCUGUAACAUCCGAACAUGCGGCUGCGUCUCCUGAUGGUCUGGAUGGUAACUCUUCACCUCGCAGCUGCAACUCGGUCCUCGGAUCUGCAACCUGCUGCUCAUCCUCACCGGGAGGAGGAAGGCGUGCAGCCCCGGUACCGGCAUCACCAGACCCGGUGGAAAAGACAGAGCACCGGCACGCACUCACCGCUGCGGCUGGACGCCACGAAGCCGGCGGCGGCGGCGGUGAGGGGGACCGGGGCGAAGCUCCGAGGAGGGCAGCCCGGUGUCCGCAGGAGAGAAGCUCUGACCGGUCCUCAUGUAUGUGGAGAUACUUGUUGUGUCGGAUGGAUGUUUUCGCCCAAAACCAGGAGAUGCACCAAACCCAGAUGUCUUCCUCCUUGCCGUAACAGAGCGUUGUGCCGGCAGCCCAACCAAUGUCGUUGUCGAAGUGGUUUCCACGGUUCCCGCUGUGAGUUUUCCACGCUGACCUCCAUCCUUCCUACCAGCGUCCCACACAGAUCUUCUGUCCACUUCAACCUCUCCCACGCCCCUCCACAACCAACCCUCGCCCCCCUGAGAAACACCAAACCUGCCAUUUUACCUCCACCUGCCCCCACGAGAGCUGCUGAAACGCCAAAGACGACCAGCAAAAGCCAGAAUCCAUCCUCCACUCAAGCUGAAACCACCUCUGGUGCAAAGUCAGGAGUUAAAACUGAAGUGGUUCCAGCUAGAAGUGAGGACAAAGGAGGCGUUUCCAAGAGGUUUCUACUGCAGUAUGAGAACCAGGCCUCCCCAAAAAGUCCACAGACGGGACGGAGAGCAGAGAGGAUGGAGGAGGUGAAGAUGAAGUCCACUACUGAAUCUAAACCCGGGUUUAACAACCUCCGACCCUGGACGAGAGACACUGCAGACACUGAGGAGGGAGCAGAAGGCCUUAAAGAAACUCUAAACCUAAAGUCUCCAAACUCAGAGGGCGAGAGAGAGGAAAGAGUAGCUGCAGCAUUUAAUCCAGGGUCUCAGACACAGGACAGACCGACUAAAAACCCAAAUGUAGAGCUUCUCUCCAGGUCCAAAAGUGAGGGAAAGGUAUCUCUAGAUUUACAUGAGAGUUCAGAGACAGGAGAGAAAACCUUAAACCGACAGACUGAUUCAGAGACUGAGGUGAUGGAAAGAUUAACAACCUCUUUAAUCCCAAAUCUGGAGUUUAAGUCUAAACUAGAGAGGGGACAAUAUUUGGAGUCUAACUCUGGGUCUAAGGUAGAGCACAGAUUAAAUAUAAGGAGUAAUUUAAGGUCUGAGUCAGAGGAAAGUGUGGGAAUCUCUAAAAUCGAGUUUAACGCUGAGCCUAAUGUAGAGCAGCGACGUGAUCCAGAGUCUGUAGUCGGGUUUAAAGUAGAGAAAAGACUCGUGAGCUCUAAAAUCCCAAAGCUAGAGUCCAAUCCAGGACCGAGAGGAGGGGAGGAAGUUGCGGAUGUUGCUGAGAGGAGCACAGAGGGAAGAAGAACAAAGUCAGAGGAGAAGAAGAAGAAGGAGGCGAAAAAGCAGACGCUGAGUCUGAGGGAGGCCCAGGCCGUGCUGCUGAGGAAGACUCUGUCUCGGGGAGGAAGAGGAGACAAGAUGGCCGCCCUGCUGAUGAAGCACAUCGAGAAGGAGAGGAAAAAACUGGUGACCUCCUCUUCCUCUUCUUCGAACUCCUCCUCCUCCUCCUCGUCUUCACCAGCGUCAUCCUCCUCCUCCUCCUCCUCUGUGAAAACCAGAGUGAAGACUUUCUACACUCAGAAGGGCCAGUACACCGUCCACGUCACUGCGCCCGCAGCUGAUGGACAGACAGUCACAGGAGGAGGAGGAGGAGGAGGAGGAGGAGGAGGAGGUGUGGACAGGUUUAAGGUGAUGUUUACGCCGACCAUAUGCAAGGUGCGCUGCAGCCUGGACCGAUGCGUCAACUACUGCGAGAGAGGCAAUGUGACCACGCUGUACAGCAGCAGCAGUGAGGCGGCAGCGGCGGCAGCGGCAGGAGGAAGGAGAGACGUCUCUCACGGACCGGGCUUCAGAGUCUUCCUCUGUCCUCUGCUCUGUAAGAACGGAGGCGUCUGCCUGCAGAAAGAUCGCUGCAUCUGCCCGCCAAACUUCACCGGGAAGUUCUGCCAGAUCCCCGUCACCCCGACAGCCGCCGCCUCCGCAGCAGCUGCAGCAGCCUCCGCCGCCUCCGCCACGGCUCCCGCAUCCGCUCCUGCCGCCGCAGCAGCCGCCAUCUCACCUUCCUCCACCAAUGAGAUCGUCAAACCUGCGCUCCUCUCAGCCGCUCAGGAGCUGACCCAGUCUGAGUUCCUCCUGCCGCUGGGGGGGCAGAGCCAGGAGGCGGGGAGGUCCGGAGCUCCCGGCCCGUCCAUGGUGAAGGUCAGAGUGCAGCACCCUCCUGAGGCCAGCGUGAAGAUCCACCAGGUGCUGAAGGUGUCUAGAUUCAGUCCUCAGCUGCAGGCGCUCUCCUCCAGCACGCAGCAUUCUGGGUCGGCGGGUGCUCCGGCCCCGGCGAGUAGGGUGCUCCAGGCCCAGACGGUGAGGGCGGACACCCAGUACUCCGGGUUCAAGUACUGCUUCAGAGAGGUCAAAGACGGACAGUGCAGCUCUCCUCUGCCUGGUCUGAGGAGCAGAGAUACCUGCUGCAGAGGCAUCGGGAAGGCCUGGGGCAUCACUGACUGUGUCCUCUGUCCUGCUAAUACAGGUCAAAGCAACAGCAGCUGUCCCGUUGGUUUUGAGCGAGGAAACGGAACACAGUGUGUUGAUGUGAAUGAGUGCCUCCAGCCGGGGCUGUGUGAGAACGGGAUCUGUGUGAACACCGGGGGGAGCUAUAGCUGUGUGUGUAGGCAGGGGUUCAUCCUCGACGCCUUACAUGGAAUCUGCAUCUCUCAGAGUGUGAUCUCAGAGGAGAAGGGUCAGUGUUACCGGGUCCUGGGUUCAGGUCAGGGUCCUUCCUCCUGCUCCCUGCCCAUCCUCAGGAACAUCACCAAGCAGAUCUGCUGCUGCAGCCGAGUCGGCAAAGCCUGGGGACCCAACUGCCAGAGAUGUCCUUACUUUGGUUCAGUGGCCUUUAAGGAGAUCUGUCCAGCAGGUCCUGGUUACCACUACUCAGCUUCAGCCCUGCAGUUCAACCACAGAGUCAACGAUCUGCUGGGGGGCCAAGGAGCUCCUCUGGUUCCCCACGGCAACCAGGAUAUCCAGGGUCCUGGUUCUGGGUCCAAUAGCAGUGGAGCGAGUACUUCACAGAGCAGACCCACUCAGCCUCAGCAGCCUCAGACUCGUCCUCAACCUCUGCCUCAGCAGCCUCGUCCUCCGCCUCAGCAGCCGCGUCCUCCGCCUCAGCAGCCGCGUCCUCCGCCUCAGCAACCUCGUCCUCCGCCUCAACAGCCUCGUCCUCCGCCUCAGCAACCUCGUCCUCCGCCUCAGCAACCUCGUCCUCCCCCUCAGCAACCUCGUCCUUCACCUCAGCAGCCUCGUCCUCCGCCUCAGCAGCCGCGUCCUCAGCCUCCGCCUCAGCAGCCUCGUCCUCAGCCUCCGCCUCAGCAGCCUCGUCCUCAGCCUCCGCCUCAGCAGCCUCGCCCGGCCACUGACUCUUCAUCCUCCAGGCCCGUGCGGCCUGGCGGUGCCGCCACCACGGCCACUCAGGACAAACCUCCGACUCCAGGCAGAACCGGGGUCCAGCCAGGCCGGCCUGAUCCCACCAGGUCGGUUACAACACAACAAAGACCGCAGCCUCCGUUCACCGGGAGUCAAGCAGGCGGUCGGCCCUCCUCUGUGUCUCGACCGGAUCAGUCAGCAGCUCGAGGGGACUCUCUCCCCGCUCCGCCCCAGCCGCAGAGCCCCGAGCGUGCGUCGAGGCCCGGCGGAGAGUUCCCUCCUGUGCAGAGCAGACCGGCUGUCACCCCGACAACCCGGCCGACCCGAGUCCAGACAGUGCGAGGUGUGUGUGAGAGCAGACCAGGUGUGUGUGGGCGUGGCCGCUGCGUGGAUCAGCCAGGUGGGAAAUACACCUGUGUGUGUGAUCAGGGAUUCCAGCCCACCUCUCAGGGCACGUACUGCCAAGAUGUGAACGAGUGUGUGCAGUCUCCAGGUGUGUGUGCGGUGGGAGAGUGUGCGAACAGCAUAGGAAGCUACAGGUGUGUGUGUCCAGCUGGAUACAGGAGCAACAGUCAGCAGACCAGCUGCCAUGACAUCGACGAGUGCCAGCAGAAUCCCUGCAGCAACGCCCGCUGUGACAACACGCCCGGCAGCUACAGGUGUGUCUGUCGCCUUGGUUACAGGCUCAGCGGCACCACCUGCACAGACGUGGACGAGUGUGAGGAUCCUCUGCAGUGUCCGGGUCAGGAGUGUAGAAACAGUCCGGGCUCGUACCGCUGCGUCUCCUGUCAGCCUGGAUACGCACUGGUCAACAGCCGCUGUACAGACAUCGAUGAGUGUCGCCAGGUUUCCUGCUCCAACGGACGCUGUGAUAACACCCCUGGAAGCUACCGCUGCGUCUGUCACCAUGGUUACAGGCUCCAGAACAACACCUGUACAGAUAUUGAUGAGUGUGCGGAGCCGUCUCAGUGUCCGGGUCAGAUGUGUGUGAACUCUGUGGGAUCGUACCGCUGUGUGUCCUGCCAACCAGGAUACACACUGACCAACAGACAGUGUACAGACGUAGACGAGUGUGCACGUGGCGGGGCGUGCGAUGAGGAGCAGGUGUGCGUGAACACCUUCGGCUCGUUCAGAUGUGAAUGUUUGCCCGGGUAUCGAACUUCCGGCCUGGGGAGACAGUGCAGAGACAUUAACGAGUGUUUGGAGGGAGACUUCUGUUUCUCCAGAGGAGAGUGUGUGAACACGGUGGGAUCCUACACAUGUGUGUGUUCUCAGGGAUUCACACUGAGCGACAACAGGACCGCCUGCCUCGAUGUGGAUGAGUGUGAGAAGUCAGAUGUGUGUCAGGACGGCCGCUGCGUGAACACUGAAGGCUCCUUCCACUGUCAGUGUCAAACCGGCUUCACCACAAACCCUGAGAGGACGACCUGCCUCGAUAUCGACGAGUGCGUCUCGUCUGGUGGUUCAGUUUGCGGGUCACAGCGCUGUGAGAAUACGAUUGGUUCGUACCGCUGCUUCACUUCCUGUGAGCCGGGCUACCAGGUCACACAGACGGGCAGGUGUGCCGACAUUAACGAGUGUGUGAAUAAGACGGUGUGCGGGGAUCACGCCAUCUGUCAGAACCUGGUAGGAACCUACCAGUGCGUGUGUGACCAGGGCUUCACCUCCACCGCCGACGGGAAGGCCUGCGUGGAUGAGGACGAGUGUGUGUCCCUGCUGGGUGUUUGCGGUUCGGCUCGUUGUGAGAACGUGGAGGGAUCCUUCAUGUGUGAGUGUGACAGACGAGGAGAGGAGUUCGACGCCGCGACCAGGAAGUGUGUCAACACCGCACGACAAGUGGAGACAGCCCCCGUCUACCCCUCCUCCCCCUCUUCCUCCUCCCACCCCGUCAGUGUGGUGGAUUUGCCCUCCCUCCCGGCGGCGCGCCCCGGCGAGCUGAGGGAGUGUUACUACAACCUGGCGGAUCGAGGAACCUGCAGCCUGCUGGCCACCAACACCAGCCAGCAGGAGUGCUGCUGCACGGUGGGGGAGGGCUGGGGACUGGGCUGCCAGUACCACACCUGCCCCCCCAUCGACACCGCCGAGUUUCUGUCUCUGUGUCCCAGUGGGAAAGGAUAUGUUACUACAGCAGCAGGAGCCUUCAGCUACAGAGAUGUGGACGAGUGUAAGCGUUUCCAUCCAGAGGUGUGUAAGAACGGAGUGUGUGUCAACAACAUCCCCGGAUACAACUGCUACUGCCCCAGCGGAUACGUUUACAACAGCAAGCUGCUGGAGUGUGUCGAUCAUGACGAGUGUGAGGAGGAGAGUUGUGUAGGAGGAGUGUGCGUGAACACAGUCGGUUCGUAUUACUGCAGCUGUCCGUCUCCUCUGGUGCUCGACGACACACAAAGAAACUGUGUGAACUCCUCCCACCUGACUGCGGAUGCAGAUGAGAACCAGUCUGUUUGCUGGCAGCACGUCACUGCGGACCUGAUGUGUCAGAGUCCUCUGCUGGGAGCUCAGGUCACCUUCAUGGACUGCUGCUGUCUGUACGGGGAGGGCUGGGGGAUGGAGUGUGCGCUCUGUCCCUCCUCCGACUCCGAGGACUAUGCCAGCCUGUGCAGUUCGGUUCUUCCUCCUCUGUAUUCGGAGAGUUUUCCAGACUCGACCGGAUCAGAAACAGGACUGAGACCAGGAGGUGGACGAGGAGGAGGAGGUCCUCCAUACUUCUCUCCCUACAGUCCGGACUCCUUCCCUCCGGCUGUUCUUCCCGGCAGAGACUUCAGUCGUCCAGACUAUGAUGAUUACUCUCCAGUGGGGGGCAGCAGGUCGGGCUUCAGAGGGAGGACACCCGCCACCUUCAGUGUGCCAGACGGAGGCUACGGCAGGUCGGAUUACAGCACUGGUUACUACUCUGAAGGAGAGUACAGCCCCCCCGACGGCUCCCCACCCAGACCUCCGUCCUUCCGCCUUCCCCCCGACCCCCGAGCCGAGAGGGCGUUCGGGGCCCGACCCCCUCCUCCAUCCCGUUCUGAUGGUCCUCCUCUCAGCCUGGCGCCGCUGCCCGGAGCUUCCUACGAGGAGCAGGAAGAGGAGGAUGAGGAGCCGUGGAGGCCGGGUCCACCCUUCCCUCCCUUCACUGAGAGUAGAGGAGCAGGAGGAGGAGGAGGAGGAGGAGCAGGAGCAGGAGGAGGAGGAGGAGGAGGAGGAGCACCGAGGAGGGUGUACGAGAGGCGUUAUGAGUCCUACGCCGGCCUGAGCACAGCAGAGGAUUGUGGGAUACUGCACGGCUGUGAGAACGGCAGGUGUAUUCGCGUUGCCGAGGGUUACACCUGUGACUGCUACCAAGGUUAUGAACUGGACAUGACCUCAAUGACAUGUAUAGAUAUAAACGAAUGUGAGGAUGGCGUCAGUGUGGAGUUCCCGUGUGUGAACGCUCGCUGUGUGAACACUGAAGGCUCUUUCCGCUGCGUCUGCAGGAGAGGAUACAUCAUGUCCCGCAGGCCCAACCACUGUGUGGCUGCAUAGACCAGACUGGACCGGACCGGACCAGUCUAAACUGGGCUUGAGAAUCUAAGACUGGACUGGACGGCUAGAUUAUAUCAGACUCUAAACUAGCUUGGGUUUUAUUUCAGGACAAGAUUUGAUAAACUGGACUUGACCAGGCUAAGAUGUACUGGACUAAAAUACUCAAUAGAUUGCGUUAAACUGGCCUAGCUUACACAACACUGGGCAAAGGUUACACAAGUUCAUGCUUGAUUAAAGUCAAACUGAAAUUUAAA